AUGUACAUAGACGUAGGUGCCUAUGGGAAAAGUAGUGAUUCAGCAAUACUCCAAGAAACUGACUUUUAUAAGAAGCUCAUGAGCCAUACUUUAAAUAUUCCAGAGCAACUUCAAAUUUCGGAAAAUUGCUCAACGCUUUUUCCUUACGUAUUUGUAGGCGACGAAGCAUUCGGGUUGAGCACAAAUGUCAUGCGCCCAUUUGGAGGAAACAACCUCAGCGUCGACAAAAAAAUUUUCAACUACAGACUGUCGAGAGCGCGGCGUUACAUCGAGUGCACUUUUGGAAUUUUAACGAACAAAUGGAGAAUUUUCAACAGACCAUUGAAUGUCCACACCGAAUUAGCAAAAUCAAUUGACUAG